AUGGCGCUCGACGCCUUCCUCAAUUCCCUCAUCUUCAUCCUCCCCCUACUACACAUCCUCAUCUCCCCACACACCAAAGUAGAAGAAUCGUUCAACGUCCAAGCCACGCACGACAUCCUCAUCUACGGCACCCCCACGGCAGACAUCCACGCGCGCUUCCUCCAGACCUACGACCACUUCACCUUCCCUGGCGCCGUGCCCAGAACGUUUGUGGGAGCCGUCAUCCUCGCGGGUAUAAGUCAGCCGAUUGUCGCGCUUGUGGGGUUCCAGCACGCGCAGCUGAUUGUGCGUUGUGUGCUGUGCCUCUUCAACGCCUCGUGUCUUUUGUUUUUUAAGAAUGCUGCAUCACAAGCGUACGGUGCUGGUGCGGCGAGGUGGUGGGCCGUUCUUACGAUGAGCCAGUUCCAUCUGGUGUAUUAUCUGGGGAGAACGCUGCCCAACAUGUUUGCCUUUGGUCUAACAACCCUCGCAAUGGGCCUCCUUCUCAAACCUACAAAAUCCAACAUCCGCGCCAAACAAGCCCUCAGCAUCCUCACCUUUGCAGGCAUAGUAUUCCGCUCCGAAAUCGCCAUCCUCCUCCUCACCACCACACUUCCCCUCCUUCUCACCAGGAGACUCCCCUUCCGGACAGUCAUUCUCGUGGGCGCCAUCUCCGCCGUCGGCUCGCUCGCCAUUUCCGUCCCCAUAGACAGCUAUUUCUGGCAGAAGCCGCUGUGGCCAGAACUCUCCGCCUUCUACUACAACGCCGUUCAAGGCUCCUCAUCUAACUGGGGCACAUCCCCCUGGCACUACUACUUCACGUCCGCCCUGCCACGCCUGCUCCUCAACCCGCUCGCCAUCCCGCUCAUCCUCCUGUCACUCACGCACCCAUCUCUCCGGCGACAAACAACCACCGUCCUCAUCCCCAGUCUAUCCUACAUGGCAAUCUACUCGCUGCAGCCGCACAAGGAAACCCGCUUCAUGUUCUACACCAUUCCCCCCGUGACCCUCGCAGCCGCCCUAUCAGCAAACUACAUCUCCACGCGGUUCUCCAAAUCCAACCUCUACAAACUCACUACAAUAGCGCUCGUGUUCUCCGUGCUAGCCACCUCCCUCGCCAGCACGUCCAUGCUGCUCCUCUCCUCGCUGAAUUACCCCGGCGGCGAAGCCCUCACACAGCUAUACGCACUCGCUCCACACAGCAACACCCCUAUUAAUGCUCACGCCGAUGUGCUCACCUGCAUGACGGGCCUGACUCUCUUCAACCAGAAUAAACAGGGUCUGCCGCUGGCGCUCAGCGAUUCCUGGGAUGUGCAGGACACAAAGGAAACGAUAUACUUCUUUGACAAGACGGAAAAGAGUGAGAAGUUGGGCUGGCCCAUCUUCUGGCAGCAGUUUGAUUAUGUUCUCCUGGAGGAUACGGCGCUGGCGCUGGGCGAGUGGGAUGUCCUGGGGGUCGUGUACGGGUAUAGUGGCAUUGAGGUGCUGAGACCGGGUCAGAAGGAACCUGGGGAGGAAAAGUACAGGGCUCUGGGACUGGGGGCUGAUGUCAAGUGGUUGAGGGGACUGGUGAGGAAGUAUACUGGUGGGUGGUGGGUUGGGCCCCGGAUGGCUCCAAAGAUUCACAUCAUGAAGCAACGGGGUAUUGUACAGUAG